AUGGCGUCGAUCUCUUCCUUCCUGAAACGAAAAGUGAAGGAUCGGCUCUCACUGUUGGACGCUGCUCUGGAGGCCGACACCCUGCUCACGCGUCUCAAAGCGACUCUCUCGCGCCUGUUUGAAGGCAACGACCUUCCCGCGCCUCUUCCGUCGCUCUCUUCGUCGGGCGUCCCGCGAGGCGGCACUCCGUCCGGUCCCUGGCGCAAGGACUCUCGGCAGGCCUCGCUGGCGACGCCCAGGAAGGGCGAAGUCGAGCGCGACAAAGGGCCUUCGCCCGACACGAACGAGGAAGACCGCACACAGCCCCCGACCUCUUCGGAAUGCAGCCAGAGCAGGCGCCCGCAGGCAGCGCCUUCAGUUCCCGACCUCGUCUCGCCGCUCCCCGUUGAGAUUCUCGACAAAUUUCAACAGCUGCUCCACCAGCUUCUUGUCCUCUGUCGUCAUCAGAAGGCUCUCGCUCUUCAGACUUCUCAAAAGAAACAGCUGAGUCAAGUGCCCGCCUCUGCCUCUUCCUCUGGAGGCGGCGCUGGCGGCGUGGGGCAGGGGGGCGCAACGGGCAGCGGUCCAGGAGAUGAGGAGGGAGCGGCGUUUGGGGGUCUCUGCACUUCGCUCGUCACGCACCCUUCGGGGCUGCGCGUGCUCUGUGCCUGCCUUCAUCUUGGCAAAGCUUACACAGACAAAUCCGCGUCGUCUGCGCAGCUUUCAGCUGUCUCCUCGAUUAUGCAAGACGCACUCGAAAUCCUCGAUCUCCUCUUCGCUGCACAUGCACCCGCGUCUCUCGGACGCUCUGGCCCUGGAGGUCCGGCCUGCCGAGAGAGUGCGACGGCCCGCGGUGUACAUACACCUCAGGACCGGCUAGGCGACGCCAGCCGGAGCUGCGCAGACGAGAGACAUAUCCCGUAUGUGCCGCCAAGAGACUUGUUCGCCGACUGGCGCUGCGGAGAAGAAGCGGACCUCGAAGAGACCUCGAGCGACGGAGAUUCAUACACUGGCCAGGACCCGGGCGAAGGCGAGGAGGAAGUGGAAUGGCGUCGUGAGAAGGCGAGUAAGACCGAAGGGGUCUGCUCGAAAACGGGAAAAGACACGCUUCAGCAACGGGAAUCUGACGCAUCUGAAGGUGUGUACCUCCAGCUGAUGGACGGCGUCAUGCGCCACACGGAAAACGGCAGCCUCAUCGUGUCUCUCCUUCUCCUUCCUGAGGUGUACAUACAGCACGAUACCCUGCUCGCUUUGCAGAAGCUGUACAGUUUUGCUGACGACGCACGGCGUCGAGGCAGAGAGACAGCGCGACGAAGACGGCGCGAAGAAGAAAGACGAGAGGCGGCCGGAAGAGAUGAACAAACUCUGGAAAUCACGAGCUCUUCUUGGUUGUCUGCCGACCGCUUCAAACGCGUCCGAUCCUCACGGGCACUGCUCGCAAGAACGAGGGCCGAUGGAGAAGGAGGGAAGGGCGGCUCUAGACAGAGAAAACGAGGGGGCGACGCGCUGGAUCUCGAGGAACGAGGUAAUGCGGUAUGCCAGCUUCUCGAGGAUGCUCUCCUUAACAGGCCUGACUGCAUCGCGCGACUCACAGGCGCUCUGCAAGGAGGCGCGGCAGACUUCGUCAGAGAAGAGGCGCUGGAGGUUCUGAGUAUGGUGACUCGGAGACGAGAGGAGAUGAAGGUCAUCGCAACGUUCCAGGGAGCCAUUGAGGCGCUUCUUUCUCUGUUGUCUUCGGAGCUGGGGUUGCCGCUGUACGUGAACGAAAGCAGCCUCUCUUCUCCGGCGAAUCCCAGGCAGAGCGAUCGGCCUGGAGGUCUCGAACUACCCCCGCUCGACACGACUCAGGUUCUGUUGAAUGCGCCGCGCGUUCGCUCUAUUCUGCGGUGUAUCUACAGCUUGACGAGUUGCGGUCCCGCCUGCAAGUACAUGCGCGAGGCGAAUCUGGUGCGUCCCCUCGUGCAGCUUUUUCAGUCACUUUUGCGGGCCAAAGAGGAUCACGUGAAACAGGUGGGCCGGCUGGCGCACCGGCGCGUUUUGACGUCGGAGCCGAAAGAAGCCGAUGCAGGUGGAGCUCCUGAAUUGCACUUUUCUGCAGACCCGACGGUCUCAAGUCAACUUGCGGCACGCCCAGGGGGGGAGCGUGCGUCGGCAGGGCCGUCCGCGUCGCCGGGUGUACGUACAGCGCGUGCCGCGUCUCCUGAGGAGACGAUCGAAGCAGACACCUCGCGUGCGUUUCAGGUCGGCUCUGCAACGCCUCUCGAUGAGGCGCUUUUCCUGCUUCUCGCUGUGUUUGGGAACUUCUUUCCGUACCUGAAGAAACUGUCGCCUUCUCGUUCUUCCCCCGCUGCCCGCGACACCGGAGACGCGCUUGCACCCGCAACUGUCCACAACUGGAGACAGCGCGAGCGCGCAUCUGCGAGGCGCGCGAAACAAGACGCGAGGUGGCCGGAGGCCGAAGUUCGAGCGAACCAGACGGCGCUGCUGCGGAGUGGGGUUCUCGACCUUAUCUCGCAGCACGUGGCGAAGGUUUGCAGUUCUCUGGCCUUCUUCUCGCAGUCGAGUCGCGCUGCUUCACCUUUCGCCUCUCUCCUCCCGAAUCUGUUCCGCCUCUUCACGCGGCUCUGCCAGCUUCUCCUCGCGCUCGUGGCGCAGUCGCGACUGCCGGGUGCGGGCGCGGCGGACAGCACAGGCUCGGAAAGCUUCGCUGCACAGGUUCUUCUUCUGCCUGCGGCUCCUGCGACCUCCAGCGACGACAGGAACGCAGAGCCACGAGCAGCAAUCGGCGGCCCGCCGCCGUUCUACUGUCUCUCCUACGCAGCACUGCAAGGCGGCGCGCCUCCCCUCCUGCAGGCACUCUUGUCUGUCACUCUCGAUGCGAUCGUCACCUCUUUUCCUAGUAUCCAGGAGCACAUUCUCGAAGGUUGCCUCGCGGCGCUCGGCGCCUCGAGCGCCUCUGCGCCGAGCCUCCCGUCGUCUGUCCGAGCCAGCCCAGGGCCCUCGGUCUCCUCGAGUGUCUCUUCUUCCCGUGGGACCGCGCCUCCAAACUUGUCUUCUGCCUUGCCUCCGGUCUUUGCGUGUCGGCCCGUUCGCGCCUCCCCGCGACGUGCGUCGAGUCUCUCAACUCUGCAGGGGAGAGACUCCGAGACGGAGCUGGGUGAAGCCGAUGGCGACACCCAGGAGCCGCCGCCUCUCCAGAUUCUGCCGCCCGGCGUCGUUCUCGCGGCGCUGCUGCAGUGGGUCUUCCGUCGGGCUGUACGUACGGCAGAAGCCGCGACUCUCGCGCAGGCGACCUCGGCAGGGUUUUUCGCCCCCCAGCCAGCGGCUCGGCGUUCCGAGCUCGAAGACAGUGAAGAUGCGCGCGAGGUGGAGCAUCCCUUCGUCAGUCGCGGAGGGCAAGACGGGAGUUUUCACUCGGCCGGAUCUAGAGAGGACCAGAGCUCGUCGAGUGGAAAAGCACCCGGUGAAACGAGGAGGCGCGAGGACGAAGCCUGGCCACGCGAGGCGGCGCGCGCGUCCUGGAGGUGGAAUCAAGCAGGCGUCGCUGUGCGUGUCCUCGCGUCUUCGCUGUGUCAAAAUCCGCGCCUGUCUCUCCUGGCCUGCACACGGCCUCUGCCGUCUCUGGGUGAGACUGCGGAGACGCUCGAACCGCUUCUCUGGCAGAUUGGCGCGGUGCUUCUGCCUGCUCUUUCGCGAAUCUGGAGAGGAGGAGUGGAACCCCACGGACAGAGACCGAGCGAAGGGGUUGAAAGGGAACCGGGUGAAGGAGACGAGAAGUGCGUCGCAUUCAACCAGUUCUUCUGCCGGACUGUCGAGCUCCUUCUCGCUCUUCUUCUCCCGGACUCUGAGCGGCCUUUUGCCGCUCGUGCUCGCGCCGCGGCCGUCGGGCUGCAGGCUGAGCCGUCGACGCCUGGAGCGUCUUCUGCUCCUCUUUGCUCAGCAGACGCCGUCACGCUGUCGGUUGCCUGGUUGCUCUCGUCCUCGAUUUGCCUCCCUUCUCUGCUGCUCCUUCUCCUCCGCGUCUCGCCUUUGGCCGCUCAGAGCCCGGCGGAGAAAGGCACGCGGACGCUGAGAGAGACGGCUCUCACUCUUCUCGACGGGUCCGUGUGUCUGCUACUGGAUCGCGUCGUCGCGACGCUGGACCGUUUCGCGAAACGCGGGGGCCGAACGCAGGAGAAGCGAGAUGCCGCCGAGGAGUCUCUGGCAGCAGGGGGGGAAGGUGGGGGAGGCGGGCGACCUGGGCGGGACUGGCGACUGAGCCAGCGCGGCACCGCGGGUAUGGCGGAGCGUGGCGACUUUGGAGGAGACGGCGGGAGGACGCAGAAAGAGGAAAACGGGUGUCUCGUCGACCGUCUCCUGCAAGCGUUUCCCAGUCUGCACGUUUUUUUCGCGGAUCUGCAAGGCUCCUGGGCGUUCUGGGAGGGUGCGAUCACCGCGCGGGAAGGACGCGAAUCAACCAGAGACGAAGCGCGGGACCGCAGGAAAGGAUCUGGGACUGCAGGACAAGAGAGGAAGAAAGGACGCGCCGGUGAAGGGAAGCGACGAAAGGAACUCGGUCCGGGAGCAGAAAAUGAAGGAGAUGUCGUCGCGCAACGGGCAGAGGACGCGCAAGAGCUUCUCGUGGACGUUCUCGGUGUCGAGCGACUCGCCAUGCACGUGCAACGCCUUCAGACUGCCCCAGCCAUCCGCUUCUCUGCCACUCGUCCAGUCUUUGAAACCUCUUUGUCCGCGACCGGGUUGCAGCCGGGAACCGCAAACUCGCGCUCACCCUUCCGUUCGGAGAGUCCCCCCUCUGGCGAGUCCGGCCCUUCGACCGCGAGGGAGACCGCCGCGGAUGCAGUCGCCGCUGCGGCGCGCGUGCCGGCGGCUCUUUACUCUGAGACAUUGAACGCGGUGGGUUCAGCGAUCGAGGAAUCGUACCGUGGAGAGAGCGAGGAGGACGUGCAUGCAGACGCGUCCCUCUGCCUGCAGCCCACCAUCGCAAAGAGGCAGGAGACUACUCUCGACAGCCUCCGGCCUUCUUCUUUGAUGUCGUCUUGCCUUUGGCUUCGCCCGCGCCUCGCCUCCUUUUUCGCCUUCCUCCUGCUCCCGAGAGAGACGGCGCUCCUGCGACAGGCUGCACUCGGAGCGGACGGGCGAGGACUUCGAAUGCUUCUCGCUGUGUCAGGCAAACGCGCGGAGCGAUCGCACGCAGGGCCGGCUUCUCUGAGCACCCAGAAUGAAGAAAGCUCAGGAGUGGAUGCCGCCACGCGCGAGGAUUUUCAGGAUUUUCUUCUGUUUCAGGAGGAGUCGAUUGCCGAGCUGCGCCGCGAGAACGCACGACUCGCCGCUCGCACCGCGAAGCUUCAAGAUGCGCUGGAUCCCAGAAGAGAGGCUCUCGUCUCCCAGCUCCAGAGAGAAACUCGCCUCCUGCGCUUGGAGAUGGAGAGGCUCCUCGAACAAAGGAGCGUGUUGGAGCAGCGUCUUGCAGGCGAGAGGCGCCUUGCUGCUGCGCAGCUGGAAGACCAGCAGAGGCAGUUGGAGGCUGUCGUCGUCGCUUUUUCUCAACUCGAAGAGGAACUGCAGGCUCGGGACGAAGAGCUGCGGGCCCUCAGAGUCGAGCUCGAGGCCGAGAAGACAGCCCGAGGAUGGGCAGAAGGCGGGCGCAUGCAUAAAGCAGGGCGCGACGAAGCUUCGACUGAUGAGGAGACAGUUGAGGAGAGACUGAAAACCGCGGCUGCACUCGCCGCUUCUCGCGAGGAAGAACUGCGUAGCCUGCAGGAGAAGCACACGGAGUUACUCGCACUGCUCGACCUCCUCGUCCACCGGGUUCCGGAGUGUCUCCAGUUCGUCUGCAGUCUGAACGACUUACCGUGUCGAUACACCCGGGAUUUCCAAGCGCUCGCCGAGACGCAGGCACGGCCGCUGCCUUCUGCUCGCGCGCUGCCGCGCCAAACGGAAACAGCGUCUUCAAGGUCUGCGGCGAUUUGCCGCUCGGACCCGGGCGGGGCGCCCGCUGAACUGGAAAUCGCCGCCGGUACCAGCGACCCUGCGAGAGAGAGAGAGAGCGGAGAAAGACAUCAAGAGCGGGGUCGUUCUUCGGCUCUGGAUCCCCGAGGCGUCCUUCCGUCGCCCUUUGCAUCUUCGUUCCACGCAGUGGGGUUCUUUCCCUCGUCGGAGCUCACUGCAAGGCCGCGUGACGGGAGUCUCAUGUGGGAGAGACACGCGCCGGUGUCGUCUUCCUCGUCUUCUUCUGGUCGGUGCGAAGAAGAUUCGGGUUCCGACGAGCCGAGCUCCGGAGGAGGAAGCGUGAGGCAGGGACGCAGAGAAGAGGAAAGAAGAGAGGACGUCGACACUUCUUUUUCGCGUCUGUCGUGCCAGUCAGGCGCGACGUCUCCCUCGUUUCCGCCUUCAGCGCACCGCGGCGCGUUCUCCGAGGCGUCGCCUCAAGACGAGACGACUCGCGACAGCCCCACGCAGAUUCCCAGCGCGUCGCUGUCCUCUUCGUCUCCCUCUUCGCCCUCUUCCUCUGCUUUUCCGAACUCGACGUUCACGGCCUCCCCCGUCUCUGCGCUUCCUGGAAACGUGCACGCGCACGAAGACGGAAGCUUGGCGCUUGUAAGCCAGGUCGUCGCCAAGCCGGGGGAUCUCGGACAGGGUGCGGGGUCACGAGCAGAAACCUCUCCCGUCGCCGCCUUUCCGCCGCUGAGAGGCGCCGGCUUGGGGCUACACUUCCGCAGCGGAGAAGACGGCGAGAGGCCGGGAGACCAGGCUUUGCUGUCUCUCGGCGUGACGGGAGACGGGGACGCCGUGCAACUCAGCAACGCGCAAACACUCCCUGGAACGGACACUGACCCGACGCUUGGGGUCCGAGCCAGCGGAGAUACAGAGACAGGCUUCCAGUCGCUGGGCUCUGGAGACGUAGAGGCACACCCGCGAGUCCAGGCAGAUGGGGACAGUCGAGAGAGAGAGAGAGGGACCAUCAGUGCACCGGAUGGCGGGUUCGCCUUCCACGUAGAUGCUGUAGAAUCUGGAGAAAGGGGAUUCGAGAGGGAGGAAGAAAAAGGAUUUGAGACCGCACGAUUGGGCGCGUCUUCGGACGGAGAGUUCCGACACGGCCAAGGUCAGGGAUCCGGCCAGGAGACAGCUGCCCGCAUGCAGGAUCUCUAUCCAGGCGGAUAUGUGGAUAGUGCCGGUCGACACAGAACCACACAGGCAGGAGCUUCAGGAAACAGCCAAGACAAUGUGAACGGGGAUUCCGACUCCACGAACGCAGCCCGCUUUGGAGAGCCAGGGACGCCCGCUGCGUGUGGCGCGGACGUUGAGCCGGCGGGCGCGUGUCACGGGGCGGAUCAAAACAGAUCGGUUGUGGCCGAGAGGUCUGCACAGGACCAAGGCGGCGUUGUUUCUGUGCCGAGGAAAGAAGAGAGGAGCCAGGGAGAAGAGAGAGGUUCGGAAGCCGCGGCGCCUGUCUCUCUUGAUGCCGGAGUGCGAGACGGCUCGUCUCCUGAGCUGUCUCUAGGCUCGGCCAACGGCGGAGGGCAGUGCGUUGAGGCAGAAGUGAGAGAAAAGGGAGAAGGCGCAUCGGAAGCCGGCGGUGGAGAGACGCAUGGCGAAGAGCAAGGAAUGAUCCGUUACGAAGACUAUUGCGCGAUGGUUCAAAGCGUCGACGAGAGCCAGUUGACGGCGCAGCAGCUAGAAGAGUGGCGGAACUACCGGGCUCAGUGUGAGGCCUUCUUCGCGUAUCAGCAGCAGCAUGCGCAGUGGCCGCACCAAGCAUAG